GUGAAGUUCUGUUACCGCACGCUAUGAGCAGUCAGCCUGGCUGGGACUCGGGGACAGCAGUGCGGCCAGUGGGUGAUCCGGAGUGGGAGUGAGUUAUCUAAGUAGGAUGUGAGUUACCCCGGGACACCAGCCACCAAGAAGUGUCUGCCCUGAAUGCAGCAGCCGGAUCCUAGUGUUCAGAGGUAAGGAUACAAUGUGUAUAUCUAGGAUUCCAUGUAUAGAAUACAAUGUGUAUAUCUAGGAUUCCAUGUGUAGAAUACAAUGUGUAUAUCUAGGAUUCCAUGUAUAGAAUACAAUGUGUAUAUCUAGGAUUCCAUGUAUAGAAUACAAUGUGUAUAUCUAGGAUUCCAUGUAUAGAAUACAAUGUGUAUAUCUAGGAUUCCAUGUAUAGAAUACAAUGUGUGUGUAUAUAUAGUUUAAUGUGUACAUAGAAAACCUUGUAUAUAUAAUUACAUUUGUAGAAUACAAUGUAUACAGUUUAAAAUUCCAUGUGUAUAAUACAAUGUAUACUGUAUAGAAUGCUAUGUGUAUAGGUAAGAUUAAUAGUUUGACAAGGGAAGAAGAAGGGGCUGGGGAGGCAGCGGACAAUGAGACAGUUCGGGACACUGUACUGGGUGGGGGGCCUCUGUGUAUGUUCAGGGGCACUCUCUGUAAGGUGGGGGUCUCUCUGUAUGUUCAGGGGCACUCUGUAAGGUGUGGGCACUCUCUGUAUAUUCAGGGGCACUCUCUGUAAGGUGGGGGCCAUUCUGUAUGUUCAGGGGCACUCUCUGUAAGGUGGGGGCCUCUCUGUAUGUUCAGGGGCACUCUGUAAGGUGUGGGCACUCUCUGUAUGUUCAGGGGCACUCUGUAAGGUGGGGGCCAUUCUGUAUGUUCAGGGGCACUCUCUGUAAGGUGGGGGCCUCUCUGUAUGUUCAGGGGCACUCUCUGUAUGUUCAGGGGCAUUCUCUGUAAGGUAGGGGGCCUCUCUGUAUGCUCAGGGGGAACUAUAUGUAGGGUGGGGGCAAUCUGUUACAAUUGGCUGGGGGGUAAAUAGUAUUGGAGGAACUCUGUAGUUCAUGCAGGGGAGUUAGAAUAAAGAAACCCCCGGGGUUUGCCAUGAAAAGGACACUAUUUACAAUGAAACUGCUCUGGAGAAGUAUUGUUGAAAGCAGGUGCAACAGUGACCCAAACAGAGGCGACUGGCGAAUAAUAAAUUUAAAAAAACUUUAAAUGAGUUCCAACGUGUUUAAUGCACUUGCAAUCUGUAUUUUUAUUGCGCCAAUAAAUCACUUCUCCUAAUAAUUGCUUUGCUUGGACAGGUCCCCAGAUGGUGCAGUAUGCAUAUGGUGGUAUAUCCAUGUUUUAAGCUCUGGAUGUAUAGUAUCAGCCAGCGUUUGGCAGGGAAGAUAUUCCAUCUGUAGAUUAAGCUAGGAACCCUGGGAAGUGUAGUUUACAAACAUCUGCCAAGUGUAGCCUUCAAUGCUUCAUAUAUUGACUUCUAAAUGAAGAAAUGUGUGAAAAUAGACAAAAAUAGUUUGUUUGAUAAAGAGGAUGCUAUAAAACUUUUUGUUGUUGUUGUUGUAAGUCUCAGGACCGCAUAUUCUAGUAUUUAAUCUUUAUAAUGGCAGAAUGUUCCAGAACAAAUCUGACCUUUAAAAUGGAUAAUCAAAAAACAAAUAAAUAAUAAAAACAAACAGAGAAGAAAUAGUACUUUACACAGUACAUUCAAAAUGACAGAAUGUAACACAGACUGACUGACUUCUAGAAUUUUAUCAACCAAAUGUCUGACCCAUUUCCAGUUGUGUGUUUAUGUGUAUACCGUAUAUGUGUGUGGGUAUAUAUAUUAUAUAAUGUGAUAGAAAUGCUUUGUACACCAGGUUGCCGUAACGCUGUUUAUUGUUCUAGAUCACCUGCAUUAUGUUUCCAUUUGUUCUUGGUUCCUUUUCCCUUGCUCAGUAAAAGCUAUUGAAGGUGGUGUGUGCCCAAAUCAUUUCCCCUGUUCUCACAGCACCAUACACAGUUUUGUUGAUGGCAGACUAAGAGCAGCCUCACAGUUGUCUUGGACCUCAAUAAUUUUGUUUAUUACUGUGCAUUGAACCUUUUUUAUAUUUUAUUUACUUUUUCCAUCUUUUUUCCUCUUACUCUUCCACUUAGGACUCUUUUUUUUUUUUUUGUCCUAUUUUUUUGUUUUAUGUUUUGUUUUAUUUACUUAUUUCUCUAUGCUGAAAUUUUGGUUCUAGAUGGUUAAGCCAACUAGCCCUGUGUGCUUUGUAUCCCUUACAUCGGAUGGACACUUUACUGAGUAAAUUGAAUUGCCCAAGGUCCUUUAGUUGUUGAUUGUAUUUAGAAUUUCUGAGAAUGUGUGGCAUUGGCAAUGCCACAUUGUACACACACAUAUGCCAACUAAUGCUUUUACAGGAAUUUAUAGAUAACUCGAAAUUACCCAAGACAUCUCUUUUCAAAUCCCUGGGGGGGGGGGGAAGAACCGCAAGAGAGAGAGCCAGAUAAUCUAUUUCUAAUUUAGAAAGCUUGGUAUGUAUACAUUAUAGGUGUGUAUAUGUAUAUUUUUUCUCUCUUCCAGAAUGUUAUUUUAAUUGUUUUUAAAUAUAUAUAAUACAUUUUGGCAUAGCAGGCUUACUUAUUUAUUUUAAACUUAGGAAGUAUCUUUUUAUUCGCCAUUCUAACUGGCAAAACCUAAGAUGAAAAAUAUAAACGUUGUAGCUCUUAGCAUUUAAUUCCUAAAACCAUAGUUUAGUAGUAAGAAUUGUCUUGUCGGUGAAUGGAUCUACCAUUGGUGUCAUUACAAUCCCAUUAGGAUCAGUGAAACUCUAACACACAAGGAUCUUUCUUCAUUCUGGUCUCCAAACACUCAGGGGCAGAAAUCUAGUACUGGGCUGGUUUGACUUUUUUAAUAGUAUUUAUUUUAUUCAUUCAACCUUUGCUUGAGUGAAUGAAAUAAAAAAACAAAACAAAAAAAAACACAAUAGUAUGCUAUAAAUGUGAAUGCACAAUACAAAACAAAGUGCAAGUUAAGAACAAGAUAAUUAACAGUAGAAAACCGGACGAGGAAAAAGCAGUGUUUUAGGUUUUUUUUUUUUUUUGUUUAGUUAUUUUUAAUAAAAGUUGAGCGAAUUAUUUUUUUUUUUAAUUACACAUUAGAAAUUUAGGGACUACUCCUAUUCUAUCUGCUUUUCUGCUGGUAACCCCUUCCAUUGAGAAGAGCCUUUAAUUAAGUUAUAGUUGACAGCAUAGAAAUUAGCUACCAUUGAAGACUUUACAUGCAUUGGUGGGAAAAUCCAGCUGAUGUCACACCUCUGGUUUCAUGGGAUCUUCCAUAGAAUUCCAUUCAGUCCACUUUCUGACGUGGUGGAUCUAGCAGCCCUAUAAGGUGGGUUACCAGGGGUUGCGAAGAGAAGGUGACAUUGCUUUUAUUUUUGUCUGAGGAUUUUACUUUGUUGCUGAGAUAUGGACUAUGUGUUUGGCAGAAACUGGAAAUAACACACAAGUAACAGGUCCACUGUAACAGCUGGUGUCUGGUGGGGGAUGGGACUGAAUAUUUACUCACUUUACUUUUGGACUAAUCCCUAGUGUCAAUGCAUGAUUGGUGGUAGGUAACCAAUAACCACACAACCCUUAGUGGUAUUUUUCAUUGAUAAUCCACUGCAAAUAUUAUAUAACUGACCCACACGUUUAUUGAGAAUGUUAUUUGGUUUUAUUUAAUUUGAUUAUUAUUUAUUUGAUUUUUUUUAGUUUAACAUAUCAGGUAUAUUUUCAGGUCUAUGUGAUGAUAGCCCAGUGUUAGAUCUAAAUAAUAUUGAUGACGUUAGACUGUAUUAUUAUUUAUAAAGCACCAACAAAUUCUGCAGCGCUGUACAAUUGGCUACAAUGUGUUAUUAUAAAUGCCAAGUUUGCAUACCGAGUCAAAGGGAAAUAUGGGGCUUAGCAAUAAAAAAAAGUGAAAAAAAUAAAGAAAUGUUCUCAUAGCAGUUUCUGUCAGCCAGUGGCAUUUAAAUUUUUUAUAAAAAAAAAUUUUUGUUAGAAAUCGCGCAUAGUUUCUAAAAACAAUGUCAGUUAUUCUCUCCGUGGGUCCAUACAUCCUCAGGAUUAUUCACUAAUGUGAAUUUCAAAUUUAAAGGACAACUGUCACCUAAAAUUUAUUUUUUAUUUUUUUAUUAUAAGAAUCCUUGCAGCAUGUAAUGAACAUAUUUUAAAAUAAAUAUAUUUAAAAAUACCUGACAAUAUGGUCCCUACUUUAACAGAACACUAGAUCCCUCUGCCAUAUUCAUACACCUUCGGUCUGAUAGAGGUAGAAUCUGAGCGUUGGGCUCCUGCUUCACUCCCUGCAGAGAGCGGUGUGUCAUCGGCCAUCGCCCUGUGUGGUCUGCAUGGUCCAAAUCCAACCACAUUGGCAAUUCUCAUACGUAUUUACUAAUGCCGAAUACGGACAGAAUUCUGUAACAUUGGUUUUGAAGAGGAAAUCAUUGUUUUGCCGAACUCACGUGAACCAGUUUACAGCAAUCGCAAAUUAUCAAUCACUUGCCAUAGUUAAAUUCUGGUGAUGGUUGUCGGCCAGAGUAGCUGAACCGGAAGCACAGCUGACUUGGAGAAUGUUUUCAGUCCAGCUAUUUUUUACCUUGAAUUUAAAGUUCACUUUGAAUUCUGACUUGCGUUAAUAAGUCUGAAACUGGUGCAUUGCCAUGACAUGGAAAUCAUAUUUCCAAAAUGUAUCUUGAAAUAGCCAGGAUGGGAAUAUAGUGUGUGGUGGACUUAUGUGUGUUAUUUUUUUGUUUUUGUUCUGCCUUUAAAUGUGAUGCCAAAGUUAACUUUUUUUUUUUUUUGUGAACAAGCCCUAUUUGCAUUAGCACUGCACAUGCUGGUAAUUGGUUAACCUGUAUUUCAUUCUUCCCCCUGCUAUUGUAUCAAUGCACAUUACACUUGAUCAGUUCAAAUUAAGGUGCAGUCUGGGUCUCCUCUCACUGGGUAUUUAAGUGGUUUUAAAUGGUAUGUGGCACAAAGUCAACUAUGUGAGGAGCAUGUUUUAUUGUAUUAAAGGGAAGGUGUAAAUAGGCAGGCAUUGCACCACAACCCAUCUAACAUUUCUUUGAAGUCUACCUUUGUUUUACAGGCCUGUGUGUGGUUCCUGUGCUGCAAACUCUAUCAGGGAGACUUAAAAGUGUUGCCAAUAGAAAUGUGGGCAAUGUUCUUGGGGUAGAGCAAUUUCCAUGGAAACAAGUGGAAUUCAGAGAAUCUUGCCAUUGAUUUUGAUGGUGAUUGUUUCACAUUUGGAACAUUGCGCCACCUUCUUGUUUACAACACUUUUCUAAAUCCCCCUCCUCCCCCCUAGUGUAUUAAGCUGUCAGAAUCUGACAGGUCUCUCAAGCUGUGAAAUGGCUAAUCAUUUUCGCCUUGAGUGAAUAUCUAUCACUCACACUAAUUGCGUAAUGGAUGCAUUCACACACUCAAGUGGUCGUUGUUUUUCUGUACCUUUCACUUGGUCCCAUCAUGCUGAGCUGGGUGAUUAUCUUGCAUUAGUAUCUUUUUUCAGAAAGGGAGGGGGAUUUCAAAGAAACUCUGGGGAAAUAAAGCCAGCGUGGUCACAUCUCUGCGUUAUUUCAUUUCAUUUUAACAAGACAGGAUAUACUGAAUCGAUUCUAGCCUUGGAAGAAGCAUCCUAUGCACCAUAAGCACUACAACUCAAAGUAGUUUUUCAGAUGUGGCCAGGUUGCACAUAAACUGACUAAACUGGGAAUUUACCCAAGAAUUGCUUAUUUUAUUUUUUUGUCAAAUUUCUCAAAUGCAGCUAUUUUACAGACUUGGUUAUUUGGGGUCUAAAACUUACAGACCUUUGGUUACUUCUAACAUCUGUAACAGGGGUUAACUCAAAUUCUCCCAAUUCUUAAUAGUAAUUAAAUCUUCUAAAAAAGGCUUGUCAGGCCCAUUUUUAUUCUUUUCUUUUUAGUUUUUUUUACUCUCCCCCUUCUCCCAACACAUCACUUCAACAUGCUGAUGGUGAGGAUGUGAAACGUGAGUAGAAUUCAUAUGGAGCAAGAAAGGAGUAUGUUUGCUGUACUUGUAGAUUAGGGGUGCUUAGCAUGCCUUUAGAAUGACAAAGCAUCAUGGAAGCUGUAGUUUUAAAACAUCUGGGUAUCCCUGAUGUAGAUAGAUUGAGGUGUUGGAUUAGAACCAAUUGAUCCAUCCAAUUUGACCCAGUUAGGAUGCCAUGUUGAAGAACCAGGGAAUGCCAGAAGCUGUUUUCAUAAACAGACUGGAGAUUACGAUCUACCUGGGCACCAUUAUGAUGCCUUUAUGUGCAGCCAAGUUGCUCAGGCACCCCCAGGAUUUGUUGAGUUCUACUUUUAAUGCCAAGUUGCAUUACAGAGCUGGGAACCUGGUUCUCUGAGGUACAGUGGUGUUUCCUAUGCGGUGAGUGUUGGCUGGAGUGUGGACUACCCAAGAUUUACAGAAUGUACAGUUAACAGUCAUUUAAAAACACAACACUGUGUGGCUAAGGGUUUUAAUUUUACGCUCACUACCAAACCUUAAUAGAUUGAUAUGAUGAGCACAGAUUUUGAGGAUGUUUGUGUUAAUGCGGUAUAAAUAACGGUUCAGGCACUACCGGGUCUUUAUCAAACUGAUGGGGUCGAAAUGUUGCUGCUUUUGCCCCAACACUGCAAUUUUUUUUUUUUUAUUUAUCCUGGGGUCCCUGAACCGUUAUUUAUUCUGCAGAUCUUGAAAGGGAAGCCUGGCCAGCCCUGGCUUAAAAGCACCUGGCUUAUUUGGUGAGUGUGGUAUCCAGUACGUCUCUACUGUGUUCAUGCGGUGGCUAUACUAAUACCUAUAUUAAAAAAAAUAAAAAAUACACAUUUUGCUAGUUAAACAAAAAUAAAACAAAAUAGGGAACUAUGAAACAUUAUAUAUCUAUCCAUAUACCUAUUAAAUUGAAUAUUUGGGACGUGCCUUUCCCAGUCACGGCUUGUGCGCCAGAGGAGUCUGUAACUCAAUCCAUAAUUUGCUUGGGGAUACCUCCUUUAUGAUGGGGUGAUCAAGUUUCCCCUUAACUGGAGGCGAUUAUAAAUCUGCAUCAUUCAAAGCAGCAGUGAUAUUAAUAUAACUUUGUAAUAAACACUGUCUAUACGUGGCCCCAGCUCCAGCAGACAUUUGAUCACUAUGGCUUAUGGGGCCAGUAGGCUCUUGUCAGGUGAUCACAGCGAGCUGUUGGGUUUCAUACUGCAGUUUAUUUUUUAUUUUAUUUUUCUGUAUUAAGUGAAAUAAACAGCAUAGUUAAGUUUUUCACAUUGAACAAGUUGUUAAUUUCUUAUAUUAAUUAAAACUUUAUAUAUUUGUGUUUUGUUUGCUUUCUGGGGUCUUUCUUUGUGCAAAUUUUUUUGAAGUGAAUUUAUUUCAUCCAAAAUAAACGUAAGCCUAGAAAAGCUAAUUUGUGGAAGCCUUAUCUUGGCUCCGAGAGAGAAGAUUUAAUAGCUUGUUUACAAACCACAGCCUUUCAGAUAUGUGUUUUGUUUUUGUUUUUUUGUCUGCAUUUGGUCACAAAGUCCUUGUGGUGGAGAUAAUUACGACUUGUUUUGGGGAAUUUACAGACUGCCAAACAGAAGCUCCGAGAGACAAAUGGCAAUGUGGAGACUCCCGAGUCAGGCUGAAUCUGCCAAGUACUUUUAUAAACUGACCCUGAGAGCCUUGUCUCCAUUUCCUAUCCCCUGGAAUAGAACACAAUAUAACUAGUCCUACACCAAACCUUUGAACACACACAGGAUUCCAAUAACUGAUAUUAAGUUUCUGUCAAUAGUAAGGAAGAUUGUAUCUUUUUCCCUGAGGCCUGUGUUGACUUAAUCUUGUGUAUGUGUAUAAUUAGCAUGCAAGGCAUAGUAGAGUCAUUGACAAAGGCCACCUAACCUUGAUGGCAGACGGCUGGCUCACACUCACAUUUACCCAGGAGGCCUAACUGCUUUCCCAGGAACACCCUACCAUGUCACCAUUCCAUUCUAAUACAAAUGUCUCCUACAUGUCAUUCUAUGGGAGUACUGAAACUUUGGCAAAAAAAAAAAAAAAUUAUACUCCUAUUUUUAAAAAUGUGUGCAAUGUUUUUUUUGUUUUGUUUUUUUUUGGUAACAUAAAAGAUAACUUUUUUUUUUUUUUUAUGUAAAAAUAAAAUCUCACAUAGAGAACCAAAAAAACAACAAAAAAGAACCAGAAUCCUAAAAUAUGUGUUAGAGAUAUGAAAAUCACUGUUAGUCUUUUUUUAAGUCAUUCCAAAUUACUGAAUAAAAACAUUUUUGCUUUAAUAUAGUAACUUGUGUAUAAAUCUUUAUAUCAACCUUAUAAAAAAAUGUUUCCACCAAUUUAAUAUGUUUCUCUAUGCAAAGUAAAUGUGCCAUUAACCGUUAUUGGGUAUGUUAAAUUGUGUUCAUAGGGCUGUGUGUGUGUGUGGGGUUUUUUUUUUUUUUUUUUUAUGAAUAAGAACCUAUUCAACCUAUCGUUCCUGUAAGUUUCCUUGUAAUUGUCCUAUUUUAUAGUUAAAUCCCCCUUCUAAUAAUAUUGUAAAGCGCUACGGAAUCUGUUGGCGCUAAAUAAAUGGCAAUAAUAAUGCAUCUGUUUGCUGCAAUGCUCCCUGUUUAGAUGUGUUAGUAACUGUUUUCACUCCUUAGAGGCAGAGGUUAGCAGAAUCACUUCAUAUUAUCCAUCAUAAUGAGUUCAGGAUUUCUCCCACUGAAGGGUCCCUUUCCUGAGAAAAGUUGAAGGACUUUAUCUGUACUCCUGUAGCACGCAGACAAAAUAUUGUUCUUUAUUCCAAAUAAAUUUAGUUUUAUAUUAUUUAUUUUCCCACGUAAAUACCAAAUGGUUAUAUUGUGUUUUUUUAUUUUGUCUUCUAAACAUCAGACACCUAGUCCAGACAUCAUUAUGGAGUGCAGCUCUAUAUAAAAAAAAAAAAAAAAUGAUGAUUGUAUUAUAAUUGCAUUAUUGUUUGCCUACUUGGAAUCAACAGGAUGCUGCUCAAUACCUUAAUUUGUAUUUGUAUUUUAACAGGAUGUCUACUAAAUAUAAUCUACGGAUUCCAAGGCUUGGUGCAUUUUUACCUCCUGAGGACAUUGGAUGUAGCACCUCCUCACCGUUCUUUAUUGCCUAACUGAAUGUGAAUGUUUUGCAUCCACUAGCACUCCGAAGAGGCUUUGCCAAAUGUCUUAUGUGCUCGCACUGAAAGUGAACGUUAUCAGGAUGACUGUUUGUUCUUGGAUUAUUUUGUUUGGCACUUUACUUCUACCCAAUGUGGAAAAUCACAGCCUUUUCACUUGUGAGCCCAUCACCGUACCCAGAUGUAUCGGAAUGACCUACAACAUGACUUUUUUUCCAAAUAUGAUGGAACACUAUGAUCAAGAUAUCGCUGCCAGUAAAAUGGAGGUAAGAUAUAUUUUAAUCUUUAGUGAGACUUGAAUGGUACACAGCACCAGGCUCUAGUCUCUACAACAGGGCUGCUUAAAAGGUAGAUGUUGUAAAACUACAAAUCCCAUGAUGCUUUGCAAUGGCAAAGCAUCAUGGAAGCUGUAGUUUUAAAACAUAUGGGGAUCUAUCUGUCGGGCACCACUGGUCUAGGAUGAUACUCCGUAAGUUUUAGUAAUGACCUACUCGGACAGGGACUUCAGGAUACGAUGAUCCAUCACCACUGUCUUCUCUGAGAAAUUUAUACCCUAAUUAACAAUUUUGGGUGACCAGGAAAAGCUCCUUGCAUCCAUUAAGUUGGAGAUGGCCUAUUCUGAAAUGAGUUGGUAUCAGUGGCUCUGUUUGAAUUUUGAAAUAUGUGCUUGCCCAAGUAGUUAACCCUCAUAGUUGUCAUCUAUUUCCAGCACAGUAGAACAACAUUGUAAACAGAUUCACAUGAAAAUAUCUGUGGAUUUUAAUGGAUAAGUCCUGGGAUAAGUACAAUUGGAAUACUGUAAGUACCCUAUUCCAAAUUCUCAGAGCAAUGGUAUAAAUUGGGUCACUGCACUGUUUUAGUUGGUCCUCAUUGACGGGAACAGGCAUAUCAUCUUAAUCAGACCACAGACAACGGCCCACAAAAAUGUGUUACUGUAACAGUCCUCUCUCUGCAGGGUAAUGGAGACUCAUUUACUACUGGGAGGAUUCUAAUAAAGGUGCUUUGUUGAAUUUAUUGUGUGGUUUAUGUAUGUGUGUGUGUGUGUGUGUGUAUAUAUGUGUGUGUGUGUAUAUAUAUAUAUAUAUAUAUAUAUAUAUAUAUAUAUAUAUAUAUAUAUAUUCUCAAGUUUAGAAUGGCUUGCUGUACCAAGUUUGCAAUUAGGGAUUGAGUCUACAAGCUAUUGCCAUGUACAUAAUGUGGGGCCCUUUCAAAAACAGAUUGGAAGGAAACUAUCAGGGUGGUGAGUAAUUACUUCUAUAGGUAAUUUUUAAGUAUCCUUUGAUGCAAAUGUUUCCAUAUCUACUUGCAACUACCUAACCAUUGAGACCUCCAAUCAGAAGUGUCUCAUUCUGAUAUAUGAGGUCAAUUCUUAUCCAAUAAACUUCUUUCAAAGAGACAUUUAGUAAACAUGACCAUGUACACUGAUUGACAGGUUCAGCUGUCUCCUAGGGCGAGAUCAAUUACUUUAGAAUAAUCGUUGAAAUUGACCAUGGAGCAAAUUCAUACAAUAAAUUACAGUGGCAUAUUUUGGGGGAAAAUAAGUUUAAGAGCAGAUCUGAAUUUAAUGUGCAGAAUUUAGGAAACCAGUACAUCCACAGACUUUUUUUCAUGAAAUUCUACUGACUCUUAUGUGCACUGCUUUGCUCGUGUCCUCUAUUUCCUCAGGACUAUAGGUUGAUUCAAUUGUGAUAAAACCUUAAUGUAUUCUAAAUUCAAUGGAUUCUCUGUAAUCCUAAAUAGCACAAGCUUUGCUUUCAAACUGCAUUUAGCAUGAUUUUACCAUAGUCAUGUUUUUACGAUUUUGCAAAUCUGCAAAAACGGAUGAUUUACAUUAUUAAAUUUUCCAAAUAUUAUGCAAAGUUCACGUCUGAUAAUGUGUUUAUGAUCUCUCAAAUUAUACAAAGGUGGUGAUUUUCAGUAAGUAGAACCAGCGUGCUGAAUGAGUCAGACAUUCCUUUUGGAAUUUUGUGUGUUUAAUGACUCGACCAAAUCACAGAAACACCAUACUGUAAGAAUUACUUUGGAAAUGAGACUGUCCAUCCGUUUUACUCAUCCAGCGGUGUGGAUAUAUUUGGCCAGCCUGUGCUUCUUCCCCGAGUCUCACUUUUAUUCCCUAAACACCAAAUUGCAAUACUUGCAUCUAAAAAACUGAUUUGGGAAAUUCCCGAAUUCGGUUCUAGACCAUUGCAACUUGGCUGUUUUAGUUUUGAAUUUGGCAAUGAGGUUUUUAAUUAAGUACAAUUUGUUUUUUAACGAAUGAAGCCCUCCGGCUAUAGUACUGACACAUUUACUGCUAAAUGUAAAAUGAUUCAUAAUUCCCUUCCAUGCAUUUAGAGAGAGUUUUUUAAGAUUUAGUUUUUCAAACAAGUAAUGACUAAAAAUAAUUUAAUUCAUUAAAUCUCACACAUCUGAAGUGGAGCUGUUUUAGGGUUACUUCCAGAUUUACAACUCGCCCUUAUCUACUGCUAAGUCCUGCUCUGAAUAAAAUGAAGUCUACUUCUCUUUCAAUUUUCUUACAGUCAAUAUUUUGACCUGCAGCUCACAAGGUCGAUGAAAACCAUUUUUAUUCCUCCUCUCUCAGUACAGACUGCCUUUUUCUUCCUUUGUAUAAUGCUCUGUUUCAUUGGAAUGUUUGCCUGUGCAGACUGAAGCUUUGUUUUGUGUCAUGCAAGACGAAACAGUGCUUUGUAUCUGGCGCAGAGCCACCGCACACAAUGGCAUUUCCCAUGCAAGUCUUACAGGUUUCAUCAGGCUCUGGAUCUUUGGAGUCAAUGCAUCAGUUGCCACACCAGUGAAAUGAAUGGAUAUUUUAUCUCUAUGCCUCUGUCUGUCAGAGGGAUCACGAUUACUAUUUAACUCCUUCGGGAGAAGUGCCAGAGUUACAUGUGAGACACCAGCAAGCAAACAAUAUUCAGGUGGCCCCUUUUACGCCACCAUUCCCGAAAAGUUAUAUAAGGUGAAACAACCAAUAAACAGGCCCAGACAUGUUUGAAAUUAGAAAUGUGCUAAAUACAUGGAUAUUGGCAGUUGCAAAACCAAAGUAAAUAAAACUGUAUGUAAUUAUCCAAAAAGAAAAUUAGAGGUUUUCACAGUAGCUGUUUCUUAAAGGGGAACUAUCGCUAUCACAGUCCAGUAGCUAGCUAAAAGUUAGCCAAAGGUUUAGCACCGUAGGUCACACAUGUCAAUCAUGUAUGCUAUGAUGGUGUCAUAGAGCACUGGGUAUGCUGCAUUGCGUAGAUGCCUUUACUGCAUAAUGCGUUUUAGGAGAAGAUAGUGGGGGUUCCUGUGUCCAAAAGUGACAGAGGCUUAUGGAGUAGCGAGGUGUACUAUCCUAUAUCUGUGCAACCUCCAUCAGUAUGACCUGCACUGUAAGAGGGACCAUUCACCGAGAUUUGUGCAUGCCUAAGAGACGCAGACUUCCUACAGCACUAUUUCUGCUAAUGACAACAGGUGUGUUUUGAAUGUCAUUAUCGUGGUCUGAUUUCACCCUGCAAUCACCGGGCAAACACCUACAGGCACAUGCAUGUCCACUGUACUCUAUCAGCCUGGUCAGAUAACAGUCCUCCAGGAAAUAUCCUGAUGUUCCAGGCCUGGAGAGCAUUUACCGCACAUGCCACCUGCAGUAACACACACAAUGCCAUGCUAGCAAAGGCUCUACACAACCCCUGCCGACUGGAGCCUUACUGGUGCUUAGAUGUGCAAACAGACUUCCCAACAUUCUAAUUUUUAGAGGGAAAAAAUGACCCUUCUUGCCAGCCUUACUGUGAGUGAUAUGUAAAAAACACACAUAAAACCAAAACUGCUACAGUUAUAUUACAACUCCCCUCCCAAGCAGUUUUACGGCCAGCCGGAAUAUUACAUUCCGGGUUUGCUAUAUGAAUUUUGUCUGAUUUGUUAUAUAUGGUGUGCCCAUGCACAAUGAAAACAGUUCUCCCUCUCACACCUGGAGAGGAAGCCACUACCCACAGCCUGGUUCACAAACCAAGUGAGUCCGAACUCCCCUGUCUAUAACCUGAUAGAAUCGAUAUAACUGCUAUCAGUUUAUACAGAAAGACAUGAAGGCAUCGAUUUAAUAAGCUUUCCAAAUCAAUAUUUUUGGAAAAAAACUUCUGAAUGUAUCUACAAAAAUUCCCAUAGACAUUAAUUGUGACUUCUGUAGAAAAAUCACUUGGAAAAUCUACUAGCAAUAUUGAAUCUUUUUGGAAAGCUUAUGAAAUAGAUAGUGGUGACCACAGUGAAAGGGUUAACUGUGAUCAGUAUGUCCCAUGCCUGUAUCCCUACUAGAAAGGUUUCCAUGAGACUUUCUGCCUCACAAGGCAAGUCUUUACAUUUACUAUUCAGCUUGUGCACAAAGACAAUCGGUUAAACAUCAACCACCCAGUCAUUCUUUGCUUGGGCUGUAGCUAAGGGACUCCAAACGGAAAGCGUAAUGCACAUCGCUUGCUUUCAUCAGGCUGCCCAGGAAUGCAUUGAUGUUUGUUCUUGUACUGAGCUUUUUACUCCCCUCCCCCCACCCUGUAUUUUAUAGAGUCAAAUUACAGUACUUUAUUGCAACCGGUAACAGUUUGUUAUUAAUAAUAUUUAAUUUGGUUAACGUGGAAAGACUGCCAUGCUUGUAUGUGUUUUUUCACUACACCAAAAAACACAAACAAAACACAAACCGUCUGUAAAACAUCAAAGGUGCCCAUAAUUUAGGUCAGUGGGAUGUUACCCCUUUUUAAAAGUUUUUAUUUUAGCUCACUUUUGCAGUCUCCAUUUUUUAUUUUUUUUAAACUACAUUUCCCACAAUUCUCUUAAAACUCACACAUCAUGGAAUCAGGUGCCAAAUUAGCCAUUAUUUAUCUAGGUCAUGGGUGUCCUAUUGCCUUCAGCUGGCAAUGAACUAUGGAAGAUGUAGUCCAACCACUGGUUGCCUGGCGUUGGCCACUCUGCUCAGGAUGGGUUAGGACACUGAAGUUUUUUUCCUGUGCUACAAAAAAAAAAUGUAUUUAAGGUCUUGUUUCAGACACAGAUUGCAGCUGCAGGGUCCAACUCCAGUUCUACUAGCCAUCCUUUUUGGUAAAUUCUGUUUUCUAGCAGUUACUGUGCCAGCAGAUAAUUAUUGAUUAAUUAUGUGUCCCAGGAUCUGGCUGCCUGCCAUUAUGAAAGUCUGGUAACUGUGUCAAAGUGUACUUGUUAAUUAUAAACCAAUAAACAUACAAUCAAAGUUUCCUGUUAAUUUUCAUCAUCCAUUUAUUGCAUUAGAAGAGCUUUGCAACACCGUACUGAAAUAUUGAUUAAAUGGUUCUUUUUUUUUCUUUUUUUUUUUUAAUGAAGUAGAUCUCAACUUCUUAGAUGUAAUAAGCAACUUACAAUCUUCACACUUACACUUACCUCUUAUCUAAUUAUAGCCCUCAAAUUAACCCUUAACCAUAAUCGGCCGGCAUUAAAAUUAGCACUAACAUGUGAAUGUAUGGAAAUUGCAUGUGUCGAGGGAUUAAAACGUUUUACAUAAUGAAAUGAUAUGCUAUUCAUAGUCAAUAAAUGUAUUAGUCCUUGACAAACAUAUUGUAAUGUAUCCAGUGCAAGAAAAUAUCAACAGUCUGUCCCCCAAUUGAACCAAAAGUAAUAAAGACUCCAACACUACAAGCUUUUCCAGAAUGGCAUGCAAGAUUUAUUAGUUCAGAACCAAGGCCAAAAAGUCUGAGCAAGGUUUCAGUCAUAUGACCUUCGUAAGGCUUCUUCAUCCGAGGUCAUGUGAACGAAACAUUGCCUUUUGUAUGUGGUCUGCACGUCCGUAAGAAAUUGCCUGAUGUUCUAGAAUCUUUAGUACAUUAAAACCAAAACAAAAUUCAACUCUCAAGUUAUAGUGUAAUCAAAUAUGUAUUUCCUAUUAUUUUAUUAUUAUUGUAGUGUAUGUUUUCAUUUACUAUUAUUUAGUUAUGGGAUCUAUUUCUCCAUGUGAUGUCUACAAUUUGUAUUUCUUCCGCACCUCUCCAUUCAUUUUCACUUGCUGUAAACUGAGGGUAAUGGGAAACACACAAGCUAUACUUGGAUCUAUAUCUGCCAAAAUUACAGGUUUUGCCCUAAAGGCUCCAGGUUUGACAGAUCUUUAGGUCAUUGCCUUUCUAAUCCUGACAAGGGGCUCGCGUGUCAACCCGACCGCUCCCUUCUCUCUCUCUCUCACUUUCUCUCCGGCCUAAUCCAACCCACCCAGACUGGAUACUCUGUCCCAUAAGAUAAUUUUGCGAGGAACUUAGGGGAUGGUGGUUCCCUGCACAACUGGUGUUAACAAGGACUCUGGGAUCAGAAUUACACUUAAACUAAUACUGUAUUUACCGAUUUCUUUGACUACAAAUUUGAAAGCAAAUUCUGCUGGUAUCCAAGGGUUGGUAUCCGAGCGAAAUGUAACUUUGAGAUGAGUGUCCGAGAUAUUGUUCUGGAGAUGGCAAAAUGGCACGACAAAAAUACAAAGUAGAAAACUCUGUUGCUGUAACCACAAACUAUAUGCCUUUAACCUACAUAAAGCAACUAACAUAGCACCACGUCAUAGGACAUGAACACCAAAGCACACUAAAGAGCUAAUCCUUUGUCAACACACCAAACAAUUAGUAGUAAAUUUUCUACGCAAUUUAUCGGCAGUAGCUCCAAAUCCUUAUUUUGUUAUUAAGUGGACACAUUGAAUUGCCCCUCCUCGCAAAGUUAGAAGAAAGUAAUGGAAAAGAUUAUAAUUUUAUAGUUGAUACUUUACAUAUACACGCUGAACCAGUUCUUCAAGUAACUGAAUAGCGUUGGGAUUUUUUCUCUUUUUUCUCUUUUUGUUUUUUUUUUCAUUUACAGUAGGUGCUGUUGCUGCAGGUAGCAUUUUGGUAUGAGUUACAUUAUACUGAUUUGGCAUUUUGUAAUCAAUCUCUUGAGAUUUCAUUUCUUUUGCUUUAAAAAAAAAAAGACAUGGAAAAAAUGCAAAAUGCUCUAUGCUUCUGGGGAUAUAACUUUUUUUUUAUUUUUUUUUUAUUGAAAUUAAGGGCUGGGAAAUUUAAUAGUAUAUCUGUUUUUGCGUAGUUCCUGAAUAACGGAACCUACGUCUGUCAUAUUGGUUCAUAUUUUAUAUGCCAUUGGCAGCUGCUAAGUGCAAAGGAGUUCAGGGAUGACCCUUAUUAUGGGGACAUGCAUUGGCAGUGUGCCCCUACCAUAUUCCAGUCACAGACACAUACAUUUCUUUGUAAGAUGCUUAUUGAAAUAAAUCAAUAUUAAUUAAUAUAUGAAUACAGGAUUCAGUGGAAAUGGAAAUGCAAAUAGAUAAAUAAAUAAGAAUACCCUUGAUUCCUCUUUAAAUGUGUCAGCUAGUCAGAUCAUAACCUCCUAUAGAAUAAGGUAGGCGAAAUCCACUGGCUGUUAAAGGGUUAAUCUAGUAAAGGUUCUGUAAUAUAUAGAAUCAAUAAACCAUGUUAAAAAGUGAUAAUAAAAAUAAUAGAUCCCACAGGGGAUUGUAAAGUCCUUCGAACUAAGUCUUAAUAUAUGGUGCAGCAGACAGAGUACUGUUCACGAAAAUGUAUUAGUACAUAUCAACUGUCUACAAAACACAUAAAUAUAUAAAAGACUGGUAAAUAAAACAGUCCCAAAUGAGAGAAGCAAUAAUACCAGGUAUAGCAGACUGGGGGUCCAAAGAUGUUGGUUACACUCUCUUGCCGGCCGGACAGAGAUUUAACUUUGGAAGGAUAUUCUACAAUUUUUUUGGUGUCUAUUCAUCGUAUAGUUACAUAUCCACAUACAUUUCUUUACCGGUCUUAUUGUUUUUGUUGUGUGAUUUUGUUUUUAUAUUUAUUUUGCAUUUUUUCAAGCCCGUAGAAGCAGGGCCUAAUUUGCUUAUGCAUUAAAUAAAUCCACAAUUAAACAGAACUUUUUUACUUUUGUAGCAACACUAAACAUAACUAAACCUAAAGCUAUUUCUGAUGAGUUGGCAUAAUCUCCUUAUAAUUAUCCCUCUUUGGUGGGGACAGCCCCCCGCGUCAUCAGGCUAUGGUGAAAAUUAUUGAAUUACGGGAUAUUUAGAAUUUGCAUUGGAUGCCAGACUGUAUCAGAAAUGACUCACCUUUUAAAAUGCAAAUGUAAAAGAACCCGAGGGAUAUGAUUAAAUAUGAGUAACUGCCGGUUAGAAUUUGCCAUUACCUCCAAAGUAUCAGUUCCUCUUUAAUACUUUUUUUUUUUUUUUCUUUUUUUGGUUUGUUUUGAUAUUGUUUGUUUGCGUUACAGCUGCUUUUCAUAGAACAGAGAAUAAAUGAACGAACGUGCAGUUUAAUUGUAAUAAAAAGUAAACUGUGGUUACUAUGCUGCAAAGCUGCGACCCACCCAUUUCAAUGUGAAAGAAUGAUUCAUGUUUUAUUUAAAUAGUUUUUGAAAGUGUGAACCUGACGCAUUGUUGUCAGAUGUAAUGGAAACUCCUAUCUCUGGGAACGCAGAACAGUCAAAUUGUGUUUGCAGAUAAAUCCUACCACACUCCUUGCGUGACAAACCUUUUUAAAGCUAGAAAUCUAUUGGUUCAUCAGUCAGGCGAUACGUGUUUGUUUGUGUGUGUGUGUGUAUGUGUAUGUGUAAAAUGAAUGAGCUCAUUUCUACCACUAACAAUUUAAUCCAAUACCAUGUAUUUAACCUGUUAAAGUUAGAUUAAAACUCUGACUUUAGAAAUACAAACUUGUCUAUUUAGCUUCAGGACCACCGUGUUUUUGUUUGUUUGUUUGUUUGUUUUCAUAAAUAAAUCUGUAUUAAUUACCUUUAGCCCUCUCUGUGGCUCUGCCCUAACAAAGAUCAUAAUUGGAUAUCCCAGCCAAUCUAAUGCUUCCCUGCAGGGAAGCAUUGGAGGCUAGUGCGCAUGUACGGCAACAUAAUGAAACUUUUAGUUCCACCAUGAGGAAGCAUUUGGGGGGCUACUGUGCACAUCCCUUCCAAAUAUGUCCACAGUAGAAUUCAGCUACCUAAUUGCAUCUCCAUGUGGAGCGUUCAGCAUCUACAUGCAGUUUAUAUUGCAAGACGCACUUUUUUAGUGACUAAUUGACAGCCAGCACAGGUGCUGUUGGGGAAAAAUUCUCUGAAAAGGCAUUGUUUACAUUAGUGAGACUGCAGAGUCAGGCUAUUUUCACAUGAACCACUUUAUUUCUAGUGCUUAGAGUGUCCCUUUAAGUAUAUAAUAAGGGGUAGACUAUAGUUUUGGUAACCAAAGAAUUCCCUACUUUUAGCGCAUCCCAGGUAACUAUCUGUGUAGAUGUGGUGUGAGGCUGGUUAGUUAAAGCCACUUUGAAAUGUGAAGAGUUUGGAAGAGUUAAGUGUUGAUUCAGAUAAGAAGUGGUAUGGCUGCCAGGUGUUCUGUUAAUCCACGAGCUAGUUUAUUUAAGAGACAUUAACAUUAACAGUAUACUUCUGACUCAUUGGGCUCCUCGUUUUUGGAAGUCACAUGCAAUCAAAGUAACUUAACCUACAGAUCUUUCUCCAGCUCUGGUGGAACUACAAGUCUCCUAAUUCUUUGCAAAGAAAGUGAUGCUGGCUGAGCUUCAUGAGACAUUCCAGAGCAAAUGGAGGUAUGCCUUUACCAACAAAAUAAAAUAAAGUUGGAAAGCUCAAGUCCAAUGGGAACUUCAUUUAAAAUGAAUCCUACUUUGCUUUUAAAGUUGUUCACAUCUCCCAGGUGGGGUCUAUCACUAAUUGAUGGUUUCAUUCGUUUUAUGUAAUCUUCGCAUGCAGCUGGACAUUUAAUCUGAUUUGGUUCAAUAAUUCAGCCAGUUCCAAUUUGUUUAACUAUAAAGUGCACUCUGACUCGCAGCACUGAGAGAGAUGCAAAUUAACAGAAAUUGAACUCUAGGACUUCAUCCAACUCAACCAGGAACUUUGAGGAAUUGCAAAUGUCAGGUCACAAUAGUGGAAAAAAUCUUCAAUAGUUUUCAUUAUUCUGUUUUACUCUUCCACAAUUCCUGAUUUUAUUUAAGAAAUCUUAGGCCCAGUAUGACAACCAACAAGGACCUAUACGGUCGCUUUUCACACUUCCAUCCUUACAAAGUGAGUGCUAGCCAAAUACAAGAAUCCUCCAUUUAAACCAAGUGGGUAUGAAUACUUCUAAUAUAUAGAGGCAAGGAGAGAAGUAGAUUUGUUUUUUAUUUCUUUUUUUGUAUGUAUAUGUUCUGUUCAUGAUACUUUUGGGCUAUUGGGGUACAAGUAAUUGGGCAUUGACUGAUUCUGUAAGAUAUGAUUUGGGGCAAAGUAUCUGGGUUAGGAAACCUUCCCUUUUUUUCCACCACUGUCUGACAAAUGCAUCUAAUACCAGGAGCCUGAAAGUCAAAUCCAGCAACAGGGCUUAAAUGCAUUAUAGGAGUUGUAGUGCAGGUACUUCCAUUUGCAGACUGCCUACCAUUUUGAAUUUCAUUGAAGGUAUACAAUGACUCUAAGAUAAAUUAAUCUAAUACUUACACUGUAUGGCUCAGUGUGUGUAUAAUGACAUGUAAAAGUAAAUAUGCAUUAAACCACACUUGUGCUUUGAAACCUGCUACAUAAUCUGUCUAGAAUCUUGAAAGUUGUGUUUUUAGGAUCUAUGAAAAGGGUUUUGUUUUCAAUGUGUUGUGUUUGGACCACUUUCCAGCUUAAAUAAAGGCUCCUUUUAUUAAAAAAGCUGACCUAUCUCCCCCCCAACCCCAGCCCCAGACCAUAAACACUAGUCCUACAGGAAAAUAGGGGGACAGAAACAUAGACUAAAUAGACUCCCAUAAGCUGCUAAAUCUUCCCCUUUUUGUUCUUUACGCUCCGUAGGGCAGGCUUAUUAGCUGCUAUAGUAUUUCCAAAUAGUAGCUGAAUUAUAAAUGUAAUGUAUAAUUAUAAAUAUACAUAAUUUAUAAAUUUAUAAAUAAAAAUAAAUAUUAAAAAAGUAAAUUAUAUAUUCAUUGUUUAAAUUAGCCGGUUUCUUUUUAAUAAAUCUUGGCUGUUACCUAGCCACACAUGUAAACCAAUAUAUAAAGAUAAAUAAGUAAAAUUCAAAUGACAUAAUAAUAUAGUAAUUGAUUACGAUGACAGAUAAUAAACAAUGAGCCAGUCUAAUGUUAUGUCCCUGAAACUGUAAUUUCUGUAAGCUGUAUUAGCCCAGUAAUGGAGACGCAGAAUAAUGCAGUGUUAUCACGGUAUCUUGUAAUACCUGUUUUUAUUGGGCAGCCGUUAUUUUGGAACAACAAGCUUUAGGGAGUAGCCCCCUUUAUCCAGUCUGAGGCUUUAGAUAAAGGGAGCAACACAACAAGGCUAAUACUGAUAGCAAAAUUAAACAAGAUAAACUUCAAUAUUGUAGAUUUCUGUGACUAAAUAAUAUACAAUUCCCUACACUCAAACACAACAUGAAAGAUCUUUUGCAUUUUGUCGCUUCUGUCUAUGCCUGGUAACGUGUUGUGUUUUGCUGGUUGCUUGUUUGGUUUUUUUUGUUCUGUUUUUUCGAUAUUAAGGGAAAAUAAAAAUAAAUUGUUUAAUGGUAAUAUGGCUCCCAUGUUUGCAUCGUAGGUCUCCAGUAAUAUAAAGACAUACGGAGAACACACAGAAAGUGUUUUUUAGCCCCAGGUGUAAAGCAGAUGACAGUUAUAUAUGACUUUCUCUGAGCUAGUAAACAACUCUUUAGAAAAUGUACUCUGCGACAGGAAGGCUGGUCACACAUUAAAUGUCGAGAUUCUUAUUUUCAAAGCACCGUGGAAUUGGAGAAUUCAAGAAUGGACUGUGUGUUUUAGGUGUGUAAUGCCAAAUCUGCAAUUACUAUAAACAGGCAAUACAUUUCAACAUUUUAGAUUAAAUAAGGCUAGUCUUUCAUAAAAUUCAUAUGAGGGGGUUUUUAAUAUAAAGCACAGUUUUUCUGCAUUCUAUAUUAUUUUAAGAAAUGUAUUGUAGCAAACUUUGAGUCAGGUUUUUGUGGUUAGUUAAUACAAAUACCCAAGUCUCACAUUUAACACCCAUAGUGAUCUCCCAACUGGAGGAUAUAUCUCCUGUUAUUUUUACAUAUAGUGACCAGACUUUGGUAAUGAAUUAACAUGAUUACGGAAGAGUUCUAUCCCUUUACCUUUCGUACAGUCACACUUACGACCUAUAAAAUGGUGGAGGACAUGUAUGUCCUUCCCCAUGGCUUACUAGUGCGUUUCAAUUGACCAGCCACGGUCAUUGUUUGUUCAUCAUCUCUUAUCCUGUUGUCCAUUCUGUUGGUGAUUUCAAAAUGAAAUAACUAUCUGAAUCUGAUAGUCAUGAACCCCAACAUUUUUUAAGAAAUUGUUCGCGGAGGCACUAUCAGCUCUACUUCAGUUCAAAAAUAUCUUCAGAGAAUUAGUGCUACCAAUUCCCCACCACCAGAAAUACUUGGGAAUUUGCCAGAAAGAGACCUAGUUCUCCACUUUGUUAACAGUUUAGCAAAGGAUUCUAAGACAUAAGGACUUGGUCCAGAAUGAAAAAACAAAAACACAGCUACUGAUCCUGAAGAGUCCAUAUAUCCACCCACCCUCCCCCCGCCACACACACACACACACUUGUACAUCCCUCUGCACCUCUUUCUUCCAUAAUGUUCCUUUUUUCUAGGAGCACCAUAUUGUUGGUAUGUCUGAAUUGUGUAUAGCAGAGCUCCACAACAAUAAUACUCAGAAUGAUGUGUCUUUUAAUCUACUAUAAAUGUGUUCGAAAAUCAGUCUGUGAAAUAAGGAUAAAUUAAAUUUCAGUUGCAUACAUUUAUCAGUAAGUCACCUAAAAUUUCUCGAAACAGCACCCGCCCCUGGCUGUACCCUUACUCACACACCGAAAAUGUAAAGUGUCCCUCUUUGUCUUUUUGAACUAUUUGGAGGUAUGCAGGAAACAUAAAUUAUUUUAGGAGAGUUGCCUGUUUUCUAUUUAAAGCCAUCCUUUUAUGAUGUGAAAUAAAGAUUAUCUGUUUGAUAUUGGUCAUCCAAAGAUGUCACAGAAGAUUAAAAUAAAAAAAUGUAAACAAAAAAGCAGGGCUUGCUCUGUUUAUGCAUUCUGUAAAUCCAUAGAAUGAUCGAAGGGCGAAGAAUUUAGCAGUAAACACAGAGUUUGGUAACUUGCCUCUUUUAAUCCCCACACUGUAAUAACUUGAUAAAAAAAUGUUAUGAUUGCUUACUAGUCACAUUGAUAAAUUGAAACCGCCUGCCUCCAAUACAAUAGACAUGUCAUUAUGUGAAAUAUUUGUUUAUAUGUUGUAAUCACUACAUGAGCACUGAACAAGCGUCACUUGCAGGGCUGUUUACUGAAGUUAGAAAUCAAAGUCAAUGACUUUCAAAUGUAAUGCCAAAGUAGGUGCACAGCUGGCUUAGAAAACCUUUCUUAUUUUGGCAAUAAGUUUGAAAUUCACCUUAAAUUCUCAUCUUGGUAACUAACCCUGUUGAUGUUUUUUCAGUUGGCAUGCCUCCUAAUCAUCCCAAUUUUGGUGGGAUGGUUCAGAUAUUCUGGUUCUGUGCCAGCUUUAUUCCCUGGUGUCCCACUUUUUGGAACAUUAGGGGAACUGUCCUCAGAAAGCAUAGUGUAAGUGCAUCAUUAGACACACUUACGCUACAUUUAGAGCUCUGGGACCAUGCAGAGAGCACUGAAACCGUGUUCCCUGCAUGGUCUGCCCUCAGUGGGCUGGCGUGCCAGUUAUUUGGGCUGACCUGUCCCUUUUCCAUUUAGGCUCGUCCCCUUUGGGGCAGAGUCAAUUGCAUGAUUGCGUAACCGCCUCAUGGUGGGUUUAUGAAGGUUUCCAAUGUAACCGAGCAGUUGAUAGGAAUGCAUUCCAUGAGAAUCUCAAUGAAAUACCAUUGCAUAUACCGGAAAGAGGACUUGAGUUUUAGACCUCGUAUUUCGAAGUAAGUAUGGGUUAACUGUGGACCAUUUGAUGAGCUUAUCUAUGUGUAAAGAAUUUUUGUACCAGUCAUAGUAGAAAAAAAAAAAAGUGAUCACAUGACUAAAAACUUGAGUGAUAUUUGAAGUUGUGCUCCACCCAGUUUGCGCUAAUCUUGCUUUCUGUGUUUUCUUUCUUUAGCCAUUCCUGCCUCUCUUGAAUCUUCAUUGUUCUCCAGAGGUGCAUGCCUUUUUGUGCCAAGCAUUUGUUCCGGCCUGCACUGAGCCGAAAAAUGUAGCCAUGCCUUGCCGUAGCCUCUGCAAGACUGUUUAUUCAGACUGUAAACAGAUGAUUGACACGUUUGACAUUACAUGGCCUGACGAAUUGGAGUGUGACAGGUAGGCCAUAUAUUCAUAUCUGAUAUUACCGAAAAAUUUGUAAAUGAUUUUCACCAAGACAUACCAUCAGUUCUGCUCUUCAUUGCUUUAUUAGAAUUUAAGACACUGUAAAAAGAACUAAAAAAGUGUCAAGUUUACAAAAGAACAGAAAUGAAUGAUUACUGUCUUCCAUAGAUUGUUACAUAAAUUGAAGAUUCUGUGUAUGUGUAUAUGUACGUACAUUUUACCUAAAACAUCCCUUUUGUCAUCGACAAAGUUGCCCCAUGACGCACUCUCAUGAAAUUCCAUGCAGUCGCAUGCAUGCUCGUUUUCUUUGCUUUACUCGCUCAUGCAACAUUCACACAUCUUUGCAGAGCUUAAUUAAUUUACUUGCUGUGCCCAGUGUGCCAAGCUUGCCAUUUAAAUUAAAACAAAUCUCCAAACUGACAUUAAUAAAAAAAAAAAUACGUUAACACAUCCAUUAACCAACUUUUAGUUGGCCAUCUAGCAGAGCAAAAUGUAACUAGAAGCAAUGUCUAUUUAAGGGCAGAUCAAUUCACUAAUGCAUUGUUGAAUUUAGUGCCUUUUUGUUUAUCUGCAUGAUUUAAUUUCCCCUUUGGGUGUUGGAGUUGAUCCAUCACAGGAAGACAUAGGAUAGUGUUGCUUCUGUCUCUUAACACCAAAAGCACAUUGAUAGAAGCAGGAUGUGUCACAUCCAUGGGUUUUACUCUUAAACUUCACAGUAUAACCCAGCUAUAAACAAAGAAUGUAAUACAUUUGAACAAAGUUGCAGGAAGACAGUCUUUUAGCUGCAUCCUGCACAUUAAAACACUUACCAAAGUAACAAAGAACAAUUCAUGAACGGAAGAGAAAUAAAUCUGCCCAUUAGUACUGGGUUCUUUGAAUAUAACAAUCUGUUGCACAAAAGUUGACAAGUGCAAACUAUAGCCAUAACUCUCCACAUCUGUGAUGGAAUUUAUAGAUAAACAAAAAGUAUCCCACCUUUAACCAUGUGUGUUGUGAAACCAAGUAUUUCAUAACUCUGUCUUUUCAUUUUCAGGCUUGAUGAGUGUGACACUACAGAUUCCAUCUCCACUGGAGAAAAUCUGGAUCUGGGAACUCCUAAACCUCCAGAGAAAAUUCACAGAGACUAUGGAUUCUGGUGCCCCCGUCACUUGAAAACCUCACAAGGAACAGGGUAUCAGUUUUUGGGCGUCAACCACUGCGCUCCACCAUGUCCCAACAUGUACUUUGAGAAAGCAGACUUGGACUUUGCCAAGAAUUUCAUUGGCAUAAUUUCGAUCAUUUGCUUAUGUGCUACACUCUUCACAUUUCUAACUUUCCUGAUUGAUGUAAAAAGGUUCAGAUACCCAGAAAGGCCCAUCAUUUUCUACUCUGUCUGUUACAGCAUCGUAUCACUCAUGUACUUUAUAGGGUUUCUCAUGGGAAACUCCAUUUCUUGCAGCGAAGCUGAUGAAAACUUUGCAGAAGGAGACACUGUUGUCCUUGGUUCCCAAAACAAAGCCUGCACUGUCAUUUUUAUGCUUCUAUAUUUUUGCACCAUGGCAGGCACAAUAUGGUGGGUAAUGCUUACCAUAACUUGGUAUUUGGCUGCUGGACAGAAGUGGAGUUGUGAAGCCAUAGAGCAGAAAUCCAUGUGGUUCCAUACAGUGGCAUGGGGCCUUCCUGGUGUUCUCACCGUGGUUCUUCUGGCUAUGAAUAAAGUUGAAGGGGACAACAUUAGUGGUGUUUGUUUUGUCGGUCUGUACGACAAAUCCGUUUCUACUUAUUUUGUGCUCAUACCACUGUCCCUAUGUGUUUUCAUUGGGCUCUCUCUACUGCUGGCUGGAAUUAUUUCUUUAAAUAAUGUCCGCCAGGUAAUACAACACGAUGAAAGGAACCAAGAAAAACUGAAAAAAUUCAUGAUCCGUAUUGGAGUAUUCAGUGGUACAUAUUUAGUACCUUUGGUGAUAUUACUUGGAUGCUAUGGCUAUGAACAAUUGUCUAGGACUAAUUGGGAAAUGACAUGGGUAGCCGAUCAUUGCCAGGAGUACCAUAUUCCAUGUCCGCUCCAUGUAAGUACCUCCUAUCAACCAAAUAUGGUUCUACAUGUAACACAAAGGGGUUUAUUCACUAAAAAUAAAAUUCAACAUAGAAAACUGGCAACGGAAAUGUUAAGUUUUAGACCAAUAUUACAAGACUGUAAAAAUGUGGUCAAAAAAAAUGUUGGCCUAAAAUUAUCAUUUGCCUUGUAAAUUCACCAAAACUUCCUCAUUUAAAAAACAGACCAUGAUAUUCGGUUGUAAAACUAAUGCCAAACUAAAAGAAUUGAAUAUUUGUUUUUGUGAAGUGGUUAUUUUACUCAAAAUGUUGUGGGUUUGAUGUGCACUUAUUAUUUAAGUCAGUUUCUUUAUAAAGCAUACAGUCCUCACAAUCUCAUGGCAGCCAACAACCUGAAUUAAAAUAUUUUUUGGGGAAACAGAUAAAAAUGUUGUUCUUAGGCUGUGAUCUAUUUUGAAUUGUCGGUAAAUCCAAGAAUAAUGAUUUAGCUCGAAGAGAGAAGUUUAUACUCUGUGGGUAUGCUUACAUUUACAAAAAAACUUAUUUAUCCAGCUGUUGGAAUUGUAGUUGUUGGAUUGCAAAUAUUUUUUAUUUAUUUAUCUAUUUAUUUCUCUCUACCAUAGCUAAAAAAUUUGUCCAGACCCAACUUUGCCUUGUUUCUUACUAAAUAUGUGAUGACUUUGAUUGUUGGGAUCUCUGCUAUCUUCUGGGUAGGAAGCAAGAAAACCUGCUCAGAGUGGUCCAAUUUCUUCCACCGCAGUAAAAAACAAGAGUAAGUAAUUUUUUUUAAUGCUUUUUUUAAAUAGAUAAAUUAAAUGUUUAAAAAAUACAAUUUACCAAUAUAUUUUUUUUUUAUUUUAUAUUUCUUAGUUAUCCUGCAAUGCAAUUUUAUUUAGCAACUCACAGAUCAGAUAUGACCAAAGCUAUUUUCCUCUGAAAGACUAUAGGAAAUUUGGCAUUUUUGCUCUAUAUUCCUAAAUCAUAAAGUCACACUUUCACUUACAAUGCUCCCAUACAUGUUAUUUAUUGUUUUUAAAGGACAGGGCUUCCUUUUCAUAAUAUAAAUUUUAGAAAAUGCAAGAAAGAGAGGAAAAAAAGCUAUAUUAUGUCACAGCGUUGUCUAGAUGCAUUCGAAUAACAUGUACAGCUAAAGAAAAAUACCUUAAAGGAACACUAUAGUCACCUAAAUUACUUUAGCUAAAUAAAGCAUUUUUAGUGUAUAGAUCAUUCCCCUGCAAUUUCACUGCUCAAUUCACUGCCAUUUAGCAGUUAAAUCACUUUGUUUCUGUUUAUGCAGCCCUAGCCACACCUCCCCUGGCUAUGAUUGACAGAGCCUGCAUGAAAAAAAAAACUGGUUUCACUUUCAAACAGAUGUAAUUUACCUUAAAUAAUUGUAUCUCAAUCUCUAAAUUGAACUUUAAUCACAUAUAGGAGGCUCUUGCAGGGUCUAGCAAGCUAUUCACAUAGCAGGGGAUAAGAAAAUCUUAAUUAAAAAGAACUUGCAAUAAAGAAAGCCUAAAUAGGGCUCUCUUUACAGGAAGUGUUUAUGGAAGGCUGUGCAAGUCACAUGCAGGGAGGUGUGACUAGGGUUAAUAAACAAAGGGAUUUAACUCCUAAAUGGCAGAGGAUUGAGCAGUGAGGCUGCAGGGGCAUGUUCUAUACACCAAAACUGCUUUAUUAAGCUGAAGUUGUUCAGGUGACUAUAGUGUCCCUUUAACAGAUUUGGUUAUUUGUUGUGAUUUUGGAAAGACCUGAAUUGAAUCUGUUUUUUGUUUUUGAUUUUUUUUGUUUGUUUUUUGAAGGAUCACAAUACUAUUUUAAAGUUACUGUUUUGUUUGUUUGUUUUAACGUGGCAGGUUGCAUUGCAAAUUUAAUUACUGUUCGUGAACCGAAAAUCGUUAAACAAAAGUGUAAAUUUUGAAAAAUAAUGCAGCAGAAUAUUUCUUUAGUGUUAUUUGGACAUUUUAACUCACCAAUUUUUUCUCCAGUCUGUGCCUGUAUUUCAGGUACUAAUUAAUUUUGUUGUGUUAUUUUCAUUAUGAAUUUUGUAAUGCUGGCGUUUUACUGCAGCCUGCUUAUUUCAAAAGUAUAAGUUAGAGAAGACCCAUGUCUCCAUUAAAUGCAAAAAAAUAAAUGUAAUUUAUUCUGAUUCUGUGCCAGUUUGUUUAGCUGUGCUUAUCCUAUUGAGCUAACAGUAAAUGUGUGUGUGGUGCAGACUCUAAGUUUUAAUUUGGCUCUGUGUGAUUCUUGUAUAACUUCCAACGUAUCCUUCAACAUCUCUCAUUUGCGUCUCUGCAAAUCGUGACGGAAUGUUACAGUAACCAGUAACAAAAAGCCACCACAUCUUGUUUGUGUCUGGUUCAUGGUAGCGUUACAUGUGGGUGGUAAUAUAUGUGGCUUUGUAGGCACAUCUGGGUCCUGUUGACAUUGGCCGAGCAAAGGAUUAGCAGCUGCUGCUUCUUCAUACAUAAAUGUAGCCCAGGCCUGCGUGGUAGCGGGAUUUUAUGGUCAUUGGACAUCACGUUUGCUUUUUUAACUUUUUAUUUGCUUUGUGCUUUUAUACUUUAUCCAAAUACCAGGAGGGUUUUAUAAAACUCUCACGUUAUUUGUGUUGCAUUGUGCCUCUGAGGCUGGAAUUUAUAGGAAUUCAUAAAGAAAGUGAAUUUCCAAAUGAUAUUUCAGGAGUUUUAUUGCCCACUUGUUAACAUGAAAAAAAAAAUUCACGCUGUGCAAUAUUUGUACAUCUAACACGUUUCAGUGAGCAGUUUGUAUUCCCUUGCAAUUUGAGCUGUAUUUUUAAUUUGAGCUGAAAGUUCUAUCCCAGCCCUUGGAUUGUUAAGGAAUUAAAUGUUACCAAUUUUUCAUUUUGUUCAUUGUAUUGCAGGACACUCUCCAAAUGACAGUACUUAUUUAUUCUCGAUUGGUAAUCAAAUUCUCAGUAACUGUAUUUUAUAGAAAGUCUGCAUUCAACGUACUGAAGCUUGAUACUUUAUUUUCAAUAUAGAAAUCAAGGCAGGUUUAAACAAAAAAAAAAAAGAAAAAAGUAAUUAAUAUGUGUUUUGCUCGGAGCUUGGAAAGUUUAUUGUCUUUGUAAUGAGUUACAUGCAGGAGCAGGCCAACACCUGGACAGCCUCCAUGCACAUGAAAGCCUAACGUAAGAUUGCUUACUUUGCUUAAAGAGAAAGGGUCACUUCUCCCCUCUAUUAACCAAAUAUAUUGUGAGGUCUGAAAAUGUGUAAUUUAAAUGUACAUGGACUCUUCCAUCUUGGAAUCAUCAUUUUAAAUGUGGCUCUUUGCUGCUUUAACUAUGUCCAAUAGUACAACUGUCACCCCCACUGUCAUGCCCACUGACACCCCCUAUUGACUGUUUUUGAAUUUCAUUUCUUCACACUAGGCUGUCUAGAAGUGUCAAUCCCCCAGCCCUCACCAGUGAUGGCUGCAGGGAAUUGUUUCUAUCCAUGGAGGAUCCUAUGGUCUCGUGGGAUCCUCCAUAGAUCUCAAUGCUGUACUCUCAAGCAUACAGCAGUGAUAUUGGCAUGUCGCUGAAGCACCAGGAGCAGAAGAAGAUGUGAUAGAAUUUAUCUUGAUUCCAAGGCUCAAGCUUAUAGGUGUCAUAUAAUGAUAUCCUAUAUUAAAAUUGGCUAACUUGGACUCAGGAAAUGCUUGAUGCUUAAACAACACUUAAGACCAUAUAUGUCUAGUUCCGGGAGCAGAGAGCCCCCACCUAAGAUGUCUCUUCUCUAAUCGUUUUGCUCUUUCUUACCUUGGAACUUAUUUGUUAUGUGUACAUGACGCUCAUCCCUAUGUCUUAUCUGUACUCUCUUCCUAUUACUGUUCUAACAGUAUUUGCACGUAAGCACUUACUUUUUAACGUAUAAAACCCAGCUGAUGAAUAAAACGUCAGAGGCUUAUUUUGAAUACCAACAGGUGUCUGGUGUCUAAUUCUCGCUUCUCCAAGUGCACUUGUAACAACAAUUUGGGCUUCCUCUGAAUAUAACAAAGAUCAACAUUUCUGAUCCACAAAAAAGACCAUCAGGAAAAUUAUGGUGGCACCCGCGAAGGACAGGUUCAUCUAAGUAAAAGUCACCUUAGCCUGCCCCCUGGCCACAGGACUCCUAGUGGCGAUGUCACUGUCAGGGGGUCUUUGCAAAUUAUGCAAAGUCCCCAGACGGUGACAGUUCCAAUUUAAUGGAAGAUGAGAAAUUCAAAAAAAUGGGAGUAAAUUAUCAAUAUGUUAUAUUUUAAAAAGUGGUUUAAAGUGCUAAAAGUGGGGCAGUUGGCAUGGAAAUCAAACAAACCAGCAGGCACAUUCCAUUUUUGCACCACUAUUUAGGGCAGGACACUUUUCUGUUCUCGUUCUCAUUUGCAUUUUGUGCUCUGACUGUGCCGGGACUAACACUGGGUUGUUAUGUCACUUGCAAAACUGUUACUAUGAAUUUUAAGUGAAAACAGAGCAUUACAAGAUGUCAGUGCAAGCACUUCUAGCAUUAUUGUGCUCGCCCAGUAUUUUCUUUAGGUAAAAAUUUAAAUGUGGCACACACAUGCACACGUGGCUUCAUGGGGCCAUUUAUGUAUGCAUGUGCUGGAAUGGGCAUCUCUCACACAUCACCUGCUGACAUACUCCUUGCUGUACACACAGGUCUUUGUGGGAGAUCCCUGAUUGCCUGAUUUAGUUCAUCGCUUACUUAUUGCCUUUGAUUGGAGCAUUAGGAGGAUGGUUUACUUGCUUCAGCAGGACCCUCUUUUUCUUCUUCUUUCUCUUUACAUUAAUUUGUUUGUAUAAAUGUUGGAGCUCUACAAUACUAGAUAAUAAUGGAGUGACAAUUUCAAUAUGGCAGUCUCCUAAAAUCAAAUCAUUCAGGCUUUGUAAGAUAUCUGUCUCUUUAAUCUGUGCUUAAUUUUUGUUUUUCUUACUUACUUAUUACUAUAUGAAAAGUGCAACCAAAUUAUCGAAAAAAAUUAUUAUUUAAAAAGUUUUUUUUUUUGUGUGUGUGUAGGUGAUGCUCUUGGGGGAAAAAAGCCAAUAUUAUUAGGAAAACAACACAGAAUAGUUUGCCUGUGUUUUAAUAAGUUCUAAUUGAAUGUGUGUUCUGUGUCAAGCUUUCUGUUUUUUUGUUUUCUAGUCCAGUGAGUGAGAGUCGGAGGGUCCUUCAGGAGUCCUGUGAGUUCUUUCUCAAGCACAAUGCAAAAGAAAAGCACAAGAGGAGACACCCCAAGUCCAGCUCCCACAAACUCAAAGUUAUUUCCAAGUCAAUGGGAACUAGUACAGGAGCUAAAGCCAAUCAUGGAAUAUCCGCAGUGGCAAUCACAAGUCACGAUUUUCUGGGUCAGAAUUCCACCGUGGACAUCAGAAGUACCUCGGACCUGUCACCAAAAAUUGAACAAGACCAUGGGAACGUUCCUGUAAAAGGAAGAGAGGACAACAAAGGAGAAAUAACCACCCAAACAUUGUUAGAAGUUCCCAUGCAGCCAGCAGACUGUAACAAUAAGCUAGGAAGUAGGAAAGGAAACAGCUUGUCUGGGAGUGUGCACAACAUGAUUGAGGAAAGGUAGGAAAUCUGUGCCACUCACUGCUGUUUUUUUGUGGGGAGGGAAGGGAAGGGUUGCUUUCCAAAACCUCACACUAUUGAAUAAAGCACUGAAAAUCACUUAUAACUCGUGUUCUUUAUAUUAAAAAAGAUUUAGCAAAUUAUACAAUCCAGUUCAGAGCAGAAAAGGCCAGGGCAAAUGCUGCAAGUGAAGAGGAGAAAUAGAAAUGUUGUUUCAUUUCUCCUCUUUCUUUUUAUAUUUUCUCUAUGCUGACUGACAGGUGCAAAGACACAGAUCACAAUUUGGGCCACCAAGUUGCAAGAUGAAGAGGUGCAAAUUUCUACAUUUAAUUAUAUUUUUCAUACCUUACAAAUAACAUAUACCUGUUAAAUGUAGGUAUUUGUAAAUAUAAAUAUUAAUACAAGACCUGGGAAGUGACAGUUUUUCCUUAAAACAAUACUUUUUCUUCUGGUUUGCACACCUAAAGACACAACCCCAGAACCGCCUCCCUCCCACGCAUGCAACCCUACAAGCAUUAUUCCCUCCACACCCGCAACCACACAAGCAGCCUCCCCCCACAUACCAGUGUUAAUUUUGUCCACUAACAAUUUUAGUCGACUACACUUUUGAGAUUUAGUCGACCAAAACUAAAACAAUUAAAAUAAUAACAAUACGACUAAAACUAAAAUGGCAUUUUAGUCAAGACUAUGACUAAAACUAAAUUAAGAUUUGCCACCAAAAUUAACACUGCCACAUACACAGCCUCACAAACAGCAACCCACAAUAUGCACACAACCCCACAAGCAGCUUCUCUGGAAACCAGCAACAAUGCAAGUAGCCUACCCUCAGAAAUGCAACACAUCAAGCAGACAUAUACAUACACACACACACACCCUCUCCCAGCAAGUCUUAUUAAUGCAUCCUAUUGAUUUUUUUGCGUGUAUGGGUAAAUCCAGCCCUGGCUGUAUGGCUUUUUGGGGUUAAUGUGUGGGUGCUUUAGAAAGUAUUGCAGAAAGUGUUGGAAUAAAGUAGUAACAAGUGAUAAAAAUAUCUAACCUUUCUGAAACAAUUAGAAAUAAUAAAAGCAAUAAUAAAUUGGCCACAUUUUUUCUAUACUCCUUAAACUGGAGGCAAGGUUAUGUUACUUGUCAGCUUAACUUUGUUGCCCUGGCAAGCUCUCAGACCUGCCAUUCUAUGUAUACUCGUAUACUAGAAACAUAGAAUGUGGCGGCAGAUAAGAACCAUUCGGUCCAUCUAGUCUGCCCAAUUUUCUAAAUCUUUCAUUAGUCCCUGGCCUUAUUUUAUAGUUAGGAUAGCCUUAUGCCUAUCCCACGCAUGCUUAAACUCCUUUACUGUGUUAACCUCUACCACUUCAGCUGGAAGGCUAUUCCAUGCAUCCACUGCCCUCUCAGUAAAGUAAUACUUCCUGAUAUUAUUAUACUGUUCAUUCAUGAAAUAGAGGUUUUAUAAGUUGGAGUCUUGGAAAUGUUGAUUUACAUGCAUGUACUAGAAUAUGUGUCCAGUCUUUGAAAGUAUUUUUUACUUUUUAAACAACAUUUUUCUUUUUCAUACAGCUUGUAUCCCCUGAAGGACUUUACAGAAACAUCCCCAAAUUCUGAAAGAUUAUCUCAUCAAAACGUUGGACAGCCCGACAACUUGGGUCACCCGAUCUCCAACAAAGAAAAGGAAAUGAUGAACCUAAUGCAAAGUUCAUGAGAAGUCAGACUUGGUUUUCCCCAAGCUCUGUGAUCUGUUUUGUACCUUUUUUAAUGCUCUUGUUCUAUAGUAUUUUACUAGUGAACACAGACCUGGAGAUGUGCACUUAGCAAUACAAACCUCAAACUACACACAUCAUCUUUUUUUUUAUUAUUAUUAUUAUUUUUCCUUUUACUGUGCUGUUACAUUUUUACAUAACAGUCCCAACCUGUGACUGAGAGUAUGUCUUUGUGACCUGGAGUAUCUACACUUUUAAUUACUGGUCAUUAUACAAAGACAUGAAACAUGGACAUCAUCGCGUUCUUCAGCUACCAUUCUCAACCAGUUCUGGACAUUUGAUUGAGAUGAGAGUUGCAAGUUCCAACAGCAAAGCUGCCGUAGAAUGUCUUUCAAUAUUAUACAGCACAAAGAGCAUUUGGAAAUGUUUGACUAAUGACUUUCAAGUUAACACUAACAGUCUGAUCAUUCAAAUACAGUACUUUUUGUACCUUUUUUUUUUUUAUUAUGUGCAUUUCGUACUGCAAUCUGAUAUUUGUAAAGGUAUUGGUAGUUUUUACACUGGAAUUAUUUAAUAAUAAAUUUGCUACUGUUCCUUCUUAGGCGUUCAGUC